AUGACAACCUUUGGAUGCAUGCCCAGUUUUAACAACGUUCCUCAUGUGGCACUGUUGGGUUCUGGGGGUGGACAAAGGGCCCACAUCGGCUUCCUUGGUGUUAUGCGGCAGUUGGGAAGAGAACAUCUCCUAGACUGCAUGCAGUAUGUGGCCGGAGUGUCUGGAUCCACAUGGUGCAUGUCCUCAUUGUAUCAAGACCCGCAGUGGACACAGCAUGCAGAGGAGGCUACAAAUAAAGCACUGUUGAGCAUGUCUGAGGGGGAGGGUGUCACCUUCCAUGAUGGCGUCCAGUGGAUGAAGCAGAGAUACGCAGAGGGAGAUUUUUCCCUCACUGAUCUGGCGCAGGAGUCUAGACCUCUAGACCAAGAUGGAAAUGGGGCCAGUCUGUACCCACUCUACAGUGCCGUUGAAAAGCACUGCUUCGACAAGGACCAGCAAAAAGACAUGUGGUUUGAGUUCAGCCCCCACGAGGUUGGCUUCCUAGAGCCUGGAGCUUACGUGAAGACGUCACUGCUGAAGGAGGACUUUGAGGAAGGGAUAAUGAAACCUGGUCAUGACGUACCUGAGGACAUGAUUCAAAAAGAACAGAUGCAUCUGAUAGAUGCAGGACUCUAUCUAAACUCUCCAUAUCCGUCAGCCCUGAGAGCAGCCAGAGACAUAGAUCUCAUCAUAUCCUUUGAUUUCAGUGAUGGAGACCCAUUUGAGACACUGAGGGUGGCCAGUGAUUAUGCAGACAAGAACGGCCACCCGUUCCCCAAGGUGGACUUUACACAAUUGGACCCUAAGCGCCCAAAAUCCUACUAUGUUUUUGAAGAAAGAGGCAAACCAACUGUAAUCCACAUUCCCCUCUUUAACAUGGACAACUGCAAAAGUAAGUAA